GCCUGCCUGCUCGCUGUUUUACCGGGUGCGCGGAGCCCACAAGUUGGAAACUCGUGUUGUUUGUCCGAAAGAUUGGAAUAUGAGUGCAGGUUGACAUAUUUACCAGUUGUGGUACUCAAGCGUAAGACUCAGCAUGGUUAUGAGAGUUCAAGCCUUUCCACGUCCUGCACGGCCCCCGGGGACAAUGUUCGGUGGUGUGAUGUCUACCCCACCACCCCCACCGCCCCGGGGUGGACCCUUCGGCCAGUUCCCUCCGAGGGCCCCUUGCUUCCCACCUGGUGGUAGGCUGCCCGUGCCUCCUGGUGGUCCCUUUCGCGGUGCAGACCACAUGAGGCCCAUGAGGCCCCCACUGCGGAUGUUUGGACCCCCUCCUCCACCUCCUCUCCCUCCUCCACCCCCUCCUCCACCUCCAGCUUUCGUGCGAGGAUGUCCUGGUGUCAUGCGCUCCCGUCCACUCUUCCGGCCACCCAAGUACACCCCAUACCCGGUCAGUGCAAAGGGCAAGAAUGCGCCUGCCAGUGCUGGCAGUGCUAAUGCCCGCAAUGGUGCAACAAAUGUUGUCGUGAAGCCGGACCCUAAUGCCGGCAAUGGUGCAACAAAUGUUGUCGUGAAGCCGGACCCUGAUGCUGUUAAUUCAGCACCAGCAAGUGACAGCACUUCCCAGACUGCCACGACGGCAAAUGGCACCACGGCGAGCCAACCGGCUGCAACCUCAGUCGAAGGCACCUCAGCAACAUCCGCUAACUCAAACAGUGCGAGCAACGCGAAAAAUGGCCUGGCUCAAGCGAUUGAGGCGGCCAAGCGGGAUGGCAUUCCAGUGGACAUGAUCCAGGCGCUGUACUGCAAGUUGUGUGAUGCCAAGCUUAAUGGCAGCCUCCAGGCGACAGCACACUAUGUUGGAAAGAGCCAUGCCAAGCGGGUCAAGCAGUACCAGCACUGUCAGGGUCGCGUGGGCCAGCAGCGACUUAAUGCUGCUGCAGCGGCUGGCGGUGACGCUAGCAAGGGAGCGGUGACGGAAGGAGGGAAGCGGCCCGUACCAGAGACCCUGGAGAAGUUCUGCAAGCUUUGUGACGUGGCGUUUACCUCCGAGGUCCAGGCAAAACAGCACUACGAUGGACGCAACCACCAGAGGCGAAUGCGGGGAGAGCCGCCUCUUCCCAAAGGCUUCUACAAUCCAGCCACGGGGCGUUGGCAGAGACAACCCCCUCCCGGAAUGGCGAUCAAGUCCCCGCCACCAAAAAAGCCGCUGCUAGCAGGGGGGAGCCAGUUCUACUGCGAGCCCUGCCACUCGUCGCUGACCUCUAAGCAGCAGCUGCAGUCCCACCUGCAGGGGGCUAAACACAAGGCACGGGUGGGUGGCCUAACCACUGCUGUCACGGCACAGGUGGUGACGGCGAACGCUGCCGCAGCUCUGGCUGCGGCGACGGCUAAAGGCUCUGUGGCAGGAGGCCGGCUCUCCAAGCUACCACAGCCGUACGUGGCCUUCGUGCCUGGGCCAACCAUGGCAUGUGGGACCUGUUGAAUCUGAGGAUAACUGGUUCCUCGCAAACCGGGUGGUUGACUGCAGCUUCUCCGACGUCAUCACUUCAACACUCAAAACCAACGCUGCCCCUCUUGGAAGUUGGUGCAUUGGUCCAUACUGUCCUUACUUCAAUCGCAUUAUGACUAGGUUGUGUCACUCGUUAGCGGCAGCAACUGGCCUCGUAAGACCCCUCGCAGGUUUGACACACGUUGCCUGGGAAUAGUUUCACUUGUUCGUUCUUAGUGUCAUUCGCUACCAGCGGCUCCACGACUCUGUCACGAAGAGUGGUGUAGUCAUGUGUAAACGAAGUGUGGAUAAUAAUCAUUCAAACUCGCGCCCAUGAACAUUUCAAUGACCUCCCUUUUCUUGUUUCGGUUUUUUUAAGCUUAUUAUGUUGUGAUCUCUCUGUGUCAUUCAUUACUGCAGGUGAAAAAAGGCAAUGCUAGGUGUAUUUUUUUUUUUUGUAGUGUCUACGGGCUAAAUGGUGUCACAAGCGAAAGCAUUAGGUGGGCAUAUCAGCUGCGUAUAUAUAUUUUUUGGAGCUGGUUGGCAAGGCUAAAAGGGAAGUGACAUGAGGUGCGAGUUGUUUGUCGUUCAUUCUAUUAAGAAGUGUGUGUGCAUAUGCCGGCGUUUUUGUUGUGGAUUAUUACCUGAGAUAUUGCCCAAAGAUGCCUACCCCUAGAGAAGUGACCUUUCCUUUUUUCUUGUCACAAAUGCAGUAGGUUUUCUUUUUUGGAAUUAAUUGCAAUGUUCUUUUUUGGUGAUUGAAGCUUGUUCUUAGCCUAUUACCCCAAGUUUUUGUUAUUUCCGUGUUUUCUGUUGGGGGCACUAUGUAAAUGAGUCUUUCAGUAUUGCUUUUUAAAAUAUUCGCUUAGCAUAGGUUUUUUUUACAUUUCACUCUGAUAUAAUGCCAAAGGCUCGCUUGUUGUCCAUAGCUUGACCAUUGAAUCUCUCAGGUCAUGUUUGUGGGCAUUCUUAGUCAUAGCUGUCUGAGCGUGGAAUGAUUUCUAUUGACUGGCUUAAUGAGAGCAGCGUUAUCGAUUUGCUAGAAUAAAAAUGCAAUUGUUGAUCACCCUGAAUUGUAGUUGUCCUAUAAGGAUCGUGUCUAUGCCUCCAACAUUUUGUGGAGCUUAUUUUUUAUGAAUGUGAAUGAGAUUGUGUGAAUGUCAUUUCUGCCCAUCAGAUUCAGUUCUCUCCUUUUGUUUCGAUGUUCGUCAUUUGUUAUGCUGGCAUACACUGGUGGACAUUCUUGCUUGUUGGUGCAGAUUGUGUUGCUUCGAGUGCCGACUUGUUUUGUGAUGGGCUGGAGUGGAUUGCUGGGCUUGCAGUUUUUGUGGAUUCGUUUUAUCUUGAUCAGCACACGAAUGUGCAAUUUUAUUAUGUUGUAUUCAGGAUGUGUUGCCUGUCUGAUGUAGAACUGUUUGUCGAGAUAGUGACCGCACUGUCCCAGCCGCAGUUACAUAUCUGGUCAUUUUAGCUUGGCACCACUGCACGAACAUGUUGUGUGCAAUUAAGGCAUUAUUGCUAGUAAUGUGUUCAACGUUAUCGAAUCAUAAAGUGGGCUGUUGUGAAAUUACAUUGUGUAUACCCUCUUCCAGUUUGAAAGGUACAGAUCGUCCGAGAUGGAUUGUAUGGCUAAUAUUUAUUUCGCCAUGUUCCGACCAGGUUUUUGUUGUUCUGUGAUAACAGUAGCGGUGAGCUCGCACACGGUAAAUGGGGCUUCUUAGUUCUUUCGUUUGCUGCUGCUUGGCGAUAAAUUGUUCAAACAACUUUUGCUUCUUAGCAGGGGCUCUGGUAGUACGUUUUGUUUUGGCAUCUCUUGUGAAGCCUACCAAAUCAGGUUGUUGAGAUUGUUAAUACUAGUGGUCGGCCACUUUUGCCAAUAUAGGUACCCCUCUCCUGCUGACAGCUGAGUGGAACAGUAUUGUCCACGCAACGCACGAAAAGUCGUGUGUUUGUGCAGUUUAGGUAAGCAGCCUGUACUUAGUGUAGCUGAGCAAUUGUGUUAAAUUAAAAUGUGGUGGUAUCAGUACCACGUUUUUCAGUAAAGGUUUCCAAUAGUUGCUGAACACAGUGGAGCAGAGGCUAAUCAUCUGUCAGUGGAAGGUUAUCGUGGGGUAAAGCCUUUGAACAGUGGGUCGUCCUCUCCAGCGCCUUCUAGUGGGUCGCCUUUUUCAUAAGAAGAACAGCAGCUCGUGCAGAGAGUCGGUCCCCACAUUGACUGUCGCUGUCGUUAAUCAUCGCGGAGUGUCCUGCCAAUAAACCUCUUAACAAUUUGGUAGAGGUGCGGGGUAACGUCAAAGUGAAUCCGGUGUUUGUCUUCAGAGCCCACCCUCAGCUAACGCGUCCCGAAACGCCAACUCAUGCAUCACAACGUCGACGAGGGACCAGCCAAGGACCGGAGCAUCUGGAUGACUCGAGACUUCUCCUUCCAGUGAGCCAGCGACUGCACGAGUAUCAGCAAGAUCAAAACGAAGAGGCAGCAGAGGGUGAACACGCCGCACAGGUACUGAGUGUCGAACUCUCUCUUCACAAUCAUCAUGGCUCUGACCAGACGUCCCGCGCAACGGGCAUUGGUCUUGUUCAGGGGUGACAGCGGGACGCGGUCCUGAAGCUUGCGCAGUGCAACGCCCCACAGACCGAGGGCGAAGUGGAAGGUCAGCAUGGCCAUGACAAUGACCAGCACCGAGUCCGGGUAAAUGGGCAUGGCAGCCGCCGCGAAAAACAUGCCGAUAGCCGCCAAGAGGCACGCCAGGGUCAGGGUGUAGCGGGGCUUCGCCCCGAUCACGCGGGUCACCCGGAAGAAGCAGCCGCCGAAGACGUGGAGAGGCAGUACAGGGCGUAGAGCAGGCCGACGUUCAUGUUGGAAGGGUUGACCAGGGGCGUCCAGAAG